GAGAGACAGAGAGCCUGGUGAGGGCACGCAUCUACCGUGAGGGCACUGGGCAAGCCAGUCAAGGUGCUUGUCACAUAUCUCGGGGGUGAGUCGUGGUCUGUAAUAAAAUAUGCUGGCUGGGCUCAUCCAGCUCGUUAGCACGCCAUGUCGGUGAUUGUGGCUCAGUCACAUUAUAUCUUUGGACUCAGGGCGCAAGUUCUCAAUAACAUCUGUUACUUUGAUGAGCAAACCAUCAUAUUCCCAUCCGGUAACAACUGUAUAAAGUACAACGUAGAUCAGAAAUGGCAAAAAUUCAUCCCAGGCUCGGAAAAGAGUCAGGGCAUGCUGGCGCUAGCAAUCAGCCCCAACCAUCGUUACCUCGCCAUGUCCGAGAAGGGCUCAGACAAAGCAACAAUCACAGUCUACGACUUGGCGUCCACGCCAUUCAAGAAGCGUAAAGUGCUGAGCGCUCCUGACUUCCAAGCCCAGGAGUUUGUCAGUAUUGCUUUCUCCCCGGACUCCAAGUACCUCGUGGCUCAGUCAGGGUUUCCCGAGUGGCAGAUCGUCUUCUGGAUGUGGGAGAAACACAAAGUGAUGGCGACUGUGAGGAUAGACAGUCAGAAUAACUCCAUUUAUCAGGUGAGCUUCAACCCCCAUGACAAUACACAGAUCUGCGUCACGGCCAACGGAGUGUUCAAAUUGUUUCGAUACAUUGAGGGGAACCUGAAACAAACGAACUUUCAGAAAGUGGAGGCCCAAAACUUUCUGUGCCACACGUGGCUGUCUGAAGACCGAGUCAUCUGUGGAACGGACAAUGGCAAACUCUGUCUGUGGGAGUCUGGGGAUCUGCGGUGGGAACAUUACAUCAGUGGAGAAGACAUCCGCCCUGGCCUGUCCGAAAAACGAAGCCUAACAGAAGAUAGCCGCACUCCCUCUACAUUGGACAGCGCUGAGACGCCUCCCAUGCGCAUUCAUUCUGUUUCGGCAUAUUCCAAAGGAUUCCUGUGUUCCGGUGGCCCCGGCAGAGUCUGUAUCUUUGAGAAAGUAGAAGAUCGAGAACUUUACAAGAGAGGCCGGAACAUUAGAAUCCCACAAAAUGAGCACAGUAGUGACCCCAGUCUGUCCGAGCAGCAGGAGGUUCUGUGUGUGUGUCUGAGCCCCUCGGAAGAGACCGUUCUCGUCAGUACCAAUAAGAGUCAGCUCUACAGCAUUGCCUUGUCCUCUGCCGAAAUCACUAAGGGGGAUGACGCCCAUUUUGAGUUCCUGACUGAGUCUUGGCAUUCCUCCGCCAUCACCGGCCUGAGCGUCUGUGUCCGCAAACCCCUCAUCGCUACCUGCUCGUUGGACCACUCUGUGCGCAUCUGGAACUUUGAGAACAACACUCUGGAGCUGUACAAGGAGUAUCAGGAGGAAGCGUACAGCGUCUCUCUGCACCCUUCCGGCUUGUAUGUUCUGGUGGGAUUUUCCGACAAGCUGCGUCUGAUGAACCUGCUGAUCGAUGACAUCCGUCCAGUCAAAGAAUUUACAGUCCGCGGCUGUCGAGAGUGUGUGUUUAGCCACGGAGGGCACCUCUUCGCUGCUGUAAAUGGCAAUGUCAUCCACAUUUAUUCCUCUAUAACCUUCGAAAAUGUAACAAACCUUAAAGGCCACAAUGGGAAGGUGCGCUCUGUGGUGUGGAGUGCCGAUGACAGUAAGCUAGUGUCCUGCGGCCUGGAAGGAGCCGUGUAUGAGUGGAACUCACUGAGCGGUAAGAGGGAGUCCGAGUGUGUACUCAGAUCCUGCAGCUACAGCUCUGUGGCCCUGUCCCCCGACUCCAAAACCAUAUUCGCUGUUGGAUCCGACCAGACGCUGAAGGAGAUCAGUGAUUCCCAGAUAAUGCGGGAAGCUCCAUCCUUCGAUGUUACAUACACAGCGGUAGCCAUUUCUCACUCCGGGCGAAUGGUUUUCACUGGUACAUCUAACGGAACUGUGCGCUCCAUGAAAUACCCACUACCACUGAACAGGGAAUAUAAUGAGUACCAGGCCCAUGCGGGGGCAGUGACCAGGCUGAUGGUGACAUUUGAUGACCAGUAUCUACUGUCAAUUUCGGAAGACGGGUGUCUAAUGCUGUGGAAAAUUUCUGACAAGGAGGGCCGAGGACUGAAGCGUGAUAAAGAAGUGGGAUAUGCUGAGGAGGUCUUGAUCACCAGUUCUGACCUGGAGGAAAAGAACCAGGUGAUGUUGGAGCUAAAGACACGUGUGGAGGAACUGAAAAUGGAAAAUGAGUAUCAGCUGCGACUGAAGGACAUGAAUUACAAUGAGAAGUUGAAGGAGCUGACAGAGAAAUUCAUCCAGGAGAUGGAGGUGCUUAAAACCACAAACCAGAUACUGAAGGCUGAAGCAGAAAAACAGGAACAGAGGUAUCAGGAAGAAAUAUCUGAGCUGAUAGAAAAACAAUCCAGAGAAAUGCAGGACCUGGAGAUGGCCAAUAACCAGAAGCUGCUGCUUGAGUAUGAGAAGUACCAGGAGCUUCAGGUGAAAUCGCAGCGGAUGCAGGAGGAUGACGAGAGACAGCUGCAUGAACUGGAGGAGAGCAAGACCCAGGCCUUGGAGGAGCUGACCGAAUACUACGAGGCCAGACUCCAUGAGAAAGUGUCCCAGCUGCAGCAUACCCAGGAAGAAGCUCUUCAGCAGUUAAGGGAGUUCGAAGAGACAAAAAAGCAGAUAGAAGAGGACGGAGACCGAGAAAUCCAGGACAUAAAGAUAAAAUAUGAGCGGCGCCUGAGGGAGGAGAGAGAGACCUCGCUGCGUCUGAAGGGAGAGAGCGGAAUCAUGAGGAAAAAGUUCAGCAGUCUACAGAAAGAGAUUGAGGAACGCGCCGCAGACAUUGAGAGAAUGAAGGUGGAACAGCAGAAGCUGCAGAGUGUCAUUAAGUCACUGGAGAAGGACAUCCUGGGGCUGAAGAGAGAGAUUCAGGAGCGGGAUGAAACGAUACAGGACAAGGAGAAGAGGAUUUAUGACCUAAAGAAGAAGAACCAAGAGUUGGAGAAGUUCAAGUUUGUUCUGGAUUAUAAAAUCAAAGAGCUGAAGAAGCAAAUUGAGCCCCGGGAAAACGAGAUCAAGGAGAAGAAGGAGCAAAUCCAGGAGAUGGAAGCGGAGUUGGAGCGUUUCCACAAGCAGAAUACGCAGCUGGAUCUGAACAUCACGGAGCUGAAGCAGAAGCUGAAUGCGGCACAUCGGGAGAUGCAGCGGGAGAGACAGAAGGUUCGAGAUGUUGAAGCCAUCGUGAAACGCUUCAAGAUUGACCUGCACAAUUGUGUUGGGUUUAUUCAGGAGCCUAAAAAGCUGAAAGACACCAUCCGGGAGUUGUACUUGAAAUACAUGCAGGAGGGUGACGCAGCAGAAAUAGUUGGUAAAGACGCUGACAUCCAGCGGGAAUACGCCCAGCAGCGGGAACAUCUGGAGCGCAGCCUGAGCACACUGCAGAGGAAACUAGUGAAGGACACAGAGAUUCAUCGCGCGGAUAACGUGCGGGUUAUGCAGGAAAACGUAACACUGAUUAAGGAGAUCAAUGAAUUACGUCGUGAACUGAAAGUCUGCCGUACGAAGGUCCACGACCUGGAGGUAGCGCUUGGGUUGGACAGAAGGAAUAGGAGCGGCCUGACAGACUCAAAAGAGUCCUCCGUUGGGGUCCAGGCUUCCCCAGUAGUCCUGCGGCUGAACAUCGAGGAAGAGACGGAGAGGAUCAUUGAAAUGCAGAAACUGGAGAUCAAACGGUUACGGGACUUGAUUCCAUCGCAGGAUGUCACAGUGGGAAUCAGGCCGCCCUCUGGGGGUAAAUUACCUUCAAUCACAGCCUGAUCCUAUGGAGAUCAAUGCAAACAAACUGAAAUCAUUCACUUACUAACCCAAUAAACACGAUUUGCCUCAUU